CAGAAGUAUCUAUAUUCCAUAUCUUAAUGUGCGUAAUUGUUUAACGUUUUCUUUUUAAAAUAUGAAUGACAACAGAUAAUUUUAUAUGCUAAUUAUUAUAAAAGUUAUUUAUUAUUUAAAGAAUUAUAUAUAUUCAUAAAAACUCACAAUGAAUUGAAUUUUAUAAUUAUGAGAUAAGUUAUUUAAAUGUCAAUAAUUAAAGAAUGGAUGUUACGGAUAAUGCUGAUGGAUCUUUAGAUCCUCGCAUACAGAUUGAAUUGGAAAAUUUAAAUGAUGCAACAGAUGAUAUAAAUAAACUUGAAACUGAAUUAGAUGAAGCUCAUACUGCUUUUAGACAAUUAUUAUCUGAAACCACUAAAAGAUUAAAAGAAAUAUUAAAUAAGGUAGGAAAUAGUUAUGUUGAAAAAGCAAGAUGUUAUUAUGAAGCACUUGAAGUAGCACGUCAAGCUCAGGUAAAAUGUCAACAACAAGCUCAACUAUUUCAAAGAGCAAGUGAAAUUCAUGCAGCAGCAAAAGAAACUGUAGCAUUAGCUGAAAGUAGAUUUAUGUCACAUCAACAUGAAUGGAAUUUUGAUCAAGCUUGGCAGGAUAUGCUAAAUCAUGCAACUCUUAAAGUUAUGGAUGCUGAAAAUCAAAAAGCAGAAUGUGGUAGAGAACAUUAUAGAAGAGCAGUAUUAUUUAAUGAUGCUGAAAAAAAACUAUUACAAUUAGAAGAAAAACAUCAUCGUUCCAUAAUAAAAGCACGACCAUAUUUUGAAGUUAAAGCACAAUGCGAUCAGAUGUUAGCAACUCAAAAAGAACGAGUUGAAUGUUUACAAAAAGCAAUACAAGAUGCAAAAUCUAAUUAUGCCACAAGUCUCCGUAGAUUAGAAGAAAUUAGUAAUCAAAUACAUCAACAGCGUCAGGAUUAUGCUUUCAUAGCUAAUGGACCACGAGAACCAGGUGUUGGUGCAGAAUUAGUUAGUCCACAAAAGACUUCAAAUUAUGACAUAGAAUUUAAUCAAUCAAAUAGCAAUAGAACAAAGGAUAUUAUGAAUAAUCAAAUGAAAUAUAAUAGAAUACAAGAUUAUGAUAAUUCUUGUCAAUUACAAGAAGAUAUAGAAUAUCUUGGAAAAAGAUCAGUUGAUGGAAGUGAAGCAAUAUCUUCUCAAUGGGAGUUAGAACUAGAAGCUAAUUUAGAAAAUUUAAAUAAUUUAUCUCUUGAGAAUUCUGUACUUGAUCAUGAUAGUAAAAAUGAAAGUACCAAUUUACAUUUUUAUAAUGAAGAGAAUUCAAAAUCAAAUAAGUUUUUAGAAAAAUUAAAUUAUAAAUUUUCACAAGAUAAAGAUCAUUCUAUUCAAAAUUUAAAGCAAUCAAAAAAUCUGUUUAAAACUUUGAAAAGUCCAUUUGUAAAUAAAUCUUUAAUGACAUAUUUUGAAGAACCAAUAACAAGAAGUGCGUUAUUACAUACAAUAGACAAACAUUUAGAGAGUUGUUCAAAGUGAUAUACGAGCUGACCCGAGAAUCCAAA